GGGCCCUCUCAUCGGCCUUUGCAGUGCUAUUCGUCUAGUAGUAGAUGGGCAGAGUCUAACGCAGCGCCCCCAGCAUGAAAUACCCAUCCCCCGAUGAGCAGCUCGGCCACUCGGUGAGCCAUCUUCCGACCAGCCGCAGCAGCAGCAGCGCGGGGGAGGAGAUCCGGCAGUGCGGCAGCAGUGCAUCUGCCGCCGUGGGUGGCGUUCAGGGGGGCUCACCUUCUGCGGAUGGGGCGCGGGUGUUUCUGAAUGUGUAUGACCUGACAAAUGGCUGCGUCAAGUUCAAUGACGUCGCCCUGCGGAUAGGAACAGGUACGCUCCCUCACACACGACAGACACAUGGGGGAGGAUGCAUGGGUGAAAAAGAAAGAUCAGUGGUUCAUGAGUUCCUUUGCACUGUGUCUGUGCGCAGGGAUGUACCACACGGGCGUGGAGGUGUAUGGCGUCGAGUACGCCUUCUGCAAGACCGAAUGUGAGCCCCACUGCAAGAUCUCUCCGGUCCUCCUUCUGAUGCUGUUUGUUGUGUUGUGUUGUGUUGUGUUGCGUCGCAUGGUCAUGGAGUGCAGGCAGCGAGCCGGCCAUCUUCAGCUGUGAGCCGGGGGAGGCGCCGGAGCACGUCUUCCGCGAGAAGAUAGACAUGGGGUAAGCAAAGCACCGGGAUGGAGCGAGGGAGAGAGGUCGGGAAAAACUGCCCACCGACCGCAUUGAAUUUCAGGCGGACGAGUAUGACGGAGGGUCAGGUGAAGGACAGCAUGGAGCGCAUGGGGCACCGGUGGAAGGGUGCGCACGGAACCCACACACCCUCGUACUGGUCCACUCAUCGUGUCGGUUGUUCUGUGUGCUUGGUCAGGGCAUUCCUAUGAUUUGGUUUACAAGUAGGGGACGGUACGUAUGUGUUCACGCGCGCAUGCGUGUAUGUCUCCAGGAACUGCAUCACCUUCGCGGAGGAGUUUUGCCUCGUGCUCGGUCCGCUGGCCUCGCCGGCCAACCCAUGACGCACAAAGACAUACAGCCCUUUCUCUCAGCCGCACUAUGCGUCGCGGUAUGUGUCUGUUGUGUCUCUUUGCUCUCUUCAGGUGUGGGUGCCCUGCCCGUGUGGGUGACGAGCGCGUCCUCGACGGCCAAGGGUUUCCUAGAGACGUGCACCACAUGCGAGCACAACAUCAGGGUACGUAUUGACCAACACAAGGCAGGCAGUAAGGCAGGCAGUAUUGGUGGCUCGUUUUGACAAAAGGAGAGAGUGUUGCCAUUCGUUAAGUGGCUGUAUGUAUGCAUGGGUAUACCUGUGCAGCACGUGAGUGGUAUCGUAGGACAGCAGCUGGCCAUCGGCCUCCAAACCACCGUCACCGUCUUCGGUAGGCAACCGAAUGCAAAGGAGACGAAGAGAUAGAUAGAUGUGUCACGGAAAUGUCACUCACUGUGUGCCGUCGUUUGCUAUGUGUGCAGGUGAGGUGCUGUCGGGGGCUCAGCAGGGCCUGCAGACCAUAGCGGAGUCAGAGGUACGCCAGCGGCCAGCAUGCCUGCCUGCCUGUCGUGCAAACGGACUCCUUGUCUAUGUGCGUGUAUGUGGUGUCCGUUUGUAUGGAUGCAGGGCAUGCGAGCGUUCCUGGAGAGUUGGGACGCCGGCCUCCAGGCCGUGCGCGAGAAGAUAGAGGGCACGCAGGUGAUCAAGGCGCUCACAGGCACACGUGACAAGGACGAAAACACCUCUCAGCGACACACUGGUAGGCAGGCGCCCGUGACACACUUUGGGAAAUUCGUCCAUUCCUAUUUGCCUUCCUUUCAUGUAGCUGCUGCCAACGUGCCGUUCCCCUCGCCAGUGGAGGGCAUCUCCCUGCUGCACAGCCGCAACCAGGGGGCCACACUCACGACGCAAUCCAGCGCAUCCCUCACCACAUACGACCGCCCCCUCGCCCCGCUGCCCACUCAGCCCCGAUUCUAUACUGCCGACGGCGUCAUGGUCGAGGAGGCCAUGCCGCCCAACCGCACACACGACGACUACCGGCCGCCUCUGGUGUUUGAUCGGCAGGAGCAGCCAUCCGGCGUGGGUGUGGGUGAGGUGGGGGCGAGGGGCGGGAACCGGGUGGUGGAGAGGGGCAAGGGGAGGGGCGUGCACCUGCUGACGCGGUCGACACGCAUCCCUAGCCUGCUGACGGCGGAGGAGGAGGGGGCUAACGAACAGGUCAGUCGUAUGCAGUCAGUGUUGGGGAGAGCUGCCGUACACAUGAACCGUUUUGUGUCUCUCGGCUGCGCUGGUGCAGGCUGUGCGAGGGGGUAGGGAGGGGUGGGCGGAGGGAGAGGAUGACGGGCGGGGACUGGGAAUGAUGCAUGCUAGCCUAGCAAGGGGGGGCGGGUGAGCUGAGCGAUUCCUAGAUGGCCACAUACCAUACGUGGAGUGGACGCAAUACAUAACAUA